UCUUUAAUCCAAUCUAUUACGAUAUGAAAUUUCGCCGUUCUUUCUUUUAAUCGUUUUUCGAGAAAAUGGCGGCGUCUUCUGCCAAAUUUCUUGUACACCAAAAUCAAAAUAAAGCAAAUUCUUCUAGAGUCGAUAAAAUUGUAGGCGAUUAUAGAAAAAAUAUUGAGUUUGCAGAUUCACCAUACCACAGAAUUGGAAAUGGAAAUUACGUGGAAAACUUUGCCUUAAGAAAUGACGAAUAUACAAAGAAAGAGGAGGAAUAUGUUGAUAAAAUUCGGAAUAAAAGCGGCAGUGACAGAAGGUCAGCAACAACAGGCUCAGGCUUUGGAGAAGAUGGUAGUGAAGCCUUUGUUGACAUUGAGGACGUGAUUUCCACUAAAACAGUUAUUGUUAAUAACAAAGGUGGUGCCAUCAGUAGGGGUGACAACAAACCUAGUGAUCUGAAAACACACUUUGGAGGUGAUAACAUCACCGCUUCAGCUGAAGUAAACAACAAUAAUUUGAGAGAUACAACGUAUUCCGCUAAGCACAGAUACAUUGCUGCACCGAAGAAUUUAGAAAGCGCCUACCACUACAAUGUGGACACAAAUAUAAAAUUGGCAUAUCAAUUUCAAAAUCAAAAUAAACAAGAACAAAAUACACAGGCAAUAGCGUCGAGUGUGGAUAUUGUUGCAAAACCGCUUAAUCAGCAUAAUCAGCAGUGGAUAGAUAAGCCACCGAAUAAGAUACCAACAAAAAUACUCAACAUACGACCACCAACAACGUCCUUGGCGUCAACGUCGUUGUCGUCAACGACAUCGUCGUACGCAAAUUUCGCCAUGAAUUCCAGCCAACCAACACAAACGCCGGGCAAUCGUAUAACAUUUACCAGUCAAACGCUUCCUAACGGCACAAUAAAUAUCGGUGGUCCGGCUGGCCAUUCAUCUGGUUCAACAAUCAUAUCCACUUCACAAUUACCGAAUACCACUACAAUUAAGACAAUAACAUCAAGUGGGGCUGGAGGACAACAACAUCAUACACUACCGCAACAGGUACAGGUACAUCAAGUGUUGCAAACUAGCGGACCAACAGGGGUGACGGGUCAACCGUCACAACACCAUAAUGCAGCUAACCAAUCAGUAGGUGCAACACAGACGCAAACCUUAGUUAUAAAAUCAAAUAAUGCGGUAUCAUUGCCAGCGGGUCUGGUCUCAAGUGCACCAGGAAUAGUAACAAUGACCAAAACAAUUAAUCAGGGUAAUCAGCAACCUUUGCUAAAUUCCAUGAUACCGGCGAGUGUUGUAGUGGGCAUGCGCCCACCAAAUGCGCAGCAGCAGCAGAAAACUGUGCAAGGCAAUACAUUGGGACGAGUGGUUAUUGGUGGUCCGCAUAUGGUUGGUGCCAGACCACAAAAUCCGGCGAUAACACUCAGUACACUAGCACCUGGACAAACGCCUGCACUCAUAUUGAAAACAGAAAAUGGCUAUCAAUUAUUACGUGUUGGCACAGCCACAUCGGGUCCGGUGACACCAACAAUUGGCGGUAGCGGCGUUGGCACCAAUUCCACAAAUCCGGCACAAAUACGUUUACAAACUGUACCAGCUGCUGUAAGUAGAUUUACAGGGCCUAAUAUAGCACUACGUAAAACGAUUGUAAGAUCAUCCACCUCCACAACUACCACUACUACCACCCACCACCACCACCAACAACAACAACAGCAACAGCAUCAUCAACAACAGCAGCAAGUAAAACAGCACCAACAACAACAGGCAACAGCGACGAAACAGAUUAAACAAAAUUCGAUGGCCGUGUCCUCGUCUACAUCCAAUAAUAUUGUUGUGAAUUCAGUUGCAUCGAGUACUGCUGGCCCGCAUCACACCUAUACGUCGCAGGCGAAUAUAACAUUGCAACAGCCACAGCAUCAUCAAGCUCAGCUGCAGCAUCAGCAACAACAACAGCAGCAGCAGCAAACACAUCUGCAAACGCAUAACCAACAAUUACACCAGCAGACGCAACAUUUACUAUCCCAACCGCAAAUAACGCAAAUUCAAACAAUUCCAGCACAACAUUCAGCCGGUGCAGCCGCCUCUACGGGCUCAUCGAACACAACGACGAUGAGUAAUAAUCACAGUGCGGUAUCCACGGCUAGUGCGGGCACGACGACGGGGACACCCACGACAGUGACAACACAGCAAAGCGCUGCACAAGGCAAUACCAAAGAGAAGUGUCGCAAAUUUCUAGCUAACUUGAUUGAUUUGGCUACGCGUGAGCCCAAACCGGUGGAGAAAAAUGUACGUAAUCUUAUACAGGAGUUGGUUAAUGCGAAUGUGGAGCCGGAGGAGUUUUGCGAUCGGCUCGAACGCCUACUGAAUGCCAGUCCACAACCUUGUCUCAUCGGUUUUCUGAAGAAAAGUUUACCACUACUACGUCAAGCGCUUUUUACCCGUGAGCUUGUUAUAGAGGGUAUUAAGCCGCCACCACAUAAUGUAGCCGGUUUAACAACAUUGCAGCAGUUUCCAAAAAUACAAGCGCAAAUACGUCCAAUAAGUCAAAAUCAAACGACAACCAUUGGACAAACGCAGGUUAGAAUGAUUUCUCCUUCAGGUCCAGGCGGCCCACGUCCCAUUGGCCACACGACCAUCACUAAGCAACCCGCGGGCAUACGCAUACAGGGUCCCACCAAUGGACCACGACUUGUUAAUGCCCAAAUUCGUGGUCCCAUUCCAGCAUCCAUACAGCAAACUGUAAACGCUCAACUGCCCACAGCGCCGACGCAAGCGAGUAUUUUGCAUAUACGGGCGCCAACCGUAACGCAAAUAAGCCGACCCACGACAGUGCAAAUACGCACUGCCAAGGGUAAGAAUACGGCAUCGGGUAUAACGCAUGUCAAAGUUGGUCAAACGCAAAUAAAAGCGAUCCCUUCACCCGUACCCUCACUUAUCGCCACGAAUCAACCGCCCUCACUCACAGCUAUAUCCAAUAGCCUAGCACCCUCGUCGACACCAUCCCUAUCUGCAGUAUCAACUAUAUUGUCCACCAUCAAUUCGGUGGCUACAUAUUCAAAUGCCGGCAGUGGGACAUCGUUGCCCACACCAUCACUACCCACCGUACAACUGCCUCCCAGUUUGAUGCACCACAGCAGUAGCCAUUUGAGUAGUCAUCCCUCUAUUGCUGGCAUAGGAGAGAGCUUAAGAAUUAUUGAUCCUAAAUUGGAAAUCGGCGCCAUUAAACAGGAGAAAAUUGCACCCGUUACACCGACGGCGAACAAAUCGACAACAAAAUCUGGUGCGGCAUCCGCUAGUAAAGCGUCGAAUAAAAAGAAGAAAGAGCAAUUGGAUAAGGAGAGAGAAGAGAAAGCGAAUGCGUCGGGUGCUGCUGCAACAGCGGCAAUGUCUUCAUUCUAUCAACAGCCCUCCAUAUCGAUGUCAUCGUCUGUGUAUGGUGAUGAUGAUAUCAACGAUGUCGCUGCUAUGGGUGGUGUCAAUUUGGCCGAAGAGUCGCAACGCAUACUUGGCUGCACUGAAAAUAUCGGCACACAGAUACGUUCGUGCAAAGAUGAGGUAUUUCUGCAUUUGCCGGCGCUACAAGCGCGCAUACGGGCGAUGGUUAUGGAACGUGGUCUGGAGGAACCAUCUCAAGAUGUGGCGGUAUUGAUUUCGCAUGCGUGCCAAGAGCGACUGAAAAAUAUCGUCGAGAAAUUGGCUGUGAUAGCAGAGCAUCGAAUCGAUGUGAUUAAGGUUGACCCACGUUACGAAGUCACAAAAGAUGUGCGUGGCCAGAUAAAAUUCCUCGAGGAAUUGGACAAAGCCGAACAAAAGCGUCACGAGGAGUUGGAACGCGAAAUGUUGCUGCGUGCGGCCAAAUCACGAUCGAAAAUCGAAGAUCCCGAGCAGGCGAAAAUGAAAGCAAGAGCGAAAGAAAUGCAGCGUGCCGAAAUGGAAGAACUGCGACAAAGAGACGCCAAUAUGACUGCGUUACAGGCCAUAGGUCCACGUAAAAAAAUUAAACUUGACGGUGAUGCAUCUGGCGCUGGAGGGAACUCCAACAACAGCGGCGCAUUAGGUAGCACCAGUGUGCCGGCAGCGCCAUUACGGCCACGCAUUAAACGUGUUAAUCUGCGCGAUAUGCUCUUUUUCAUGGAACAGGAGCGCGAAACAUGCCGAAGCCAAAUGUUAUAUAAGGCAUAUCUUAAGUGAUCGACUCUGUACAGCUGUGCUAAGGAGUAGCAAUAAUGGCAUAAAUGUUGUAUAUAAUGAGCUUUCCGAACAUGAUGAAAUAGAUAUUACAUCAACUACAUACUUACAUACAUACAUACAUACAUAAAGUCAUUUAAUACUUUUUAUUUUAUAAUUUUCUAAGUAUCAAAUUUCGUUGUUACACUAUAUAGCAUACUGCUGCUAGCAAAACAAAAUGCCUACAUGCAUACGUACAUAUAAAAAUACACGUUUCGAUUGCUUGAGUAAAGUGGAAGGUAGUUAUAUAUAUACAUGCAUAGAUAUUUUUGUAAGCUUAUGCAUAUAAUUUUUUUUUUGUUUUUUUUUUUUUGUAAUACAACAACUACUAUCAUUUGACUUUAAUUUUGCCAAAUUUAUUUGGCAUAAUGUGGCAAAGCACUCCACUCAUUGCUACACAUACAUAUAGAUCUUCAAAAAAAAAAAAGGUAAAAACUUUACUGAAAUUAAAAGAAAGUUGCAAUUAGGCGGUUUAACGACGAUUUGUUUUGUAAUUAGUUGGGUGUAUGGAUUAUUGCAAUAUUUAGUAAGAACACCCCCCCUCCCCCACUUUAAUGAGUUAUUAAUAUUUUUUGAAUUUUAUUCUGUUAAUAACAUUUAAUGACAUUAUUCCCUAUUUUUUAUUAUUGAUUUAUUUAAUUAUUUAACAAAAGGCAAAACAAAAAUUGCAAUUCUUAUGUAGAAACAUGAAGUGGAAAAUUCGAAAGUGAAUUUUGUAAAGAAAAAAGAAUUGAAUAAGAGAUGAUGAAAGCAAUUUUUUAUUAGUUUAUUUUUUUUUAUAUACAAUAACAUAAAAUAUACUGUUUUUUGUUAGCAAUGCAAGCUCUUAAAGUAAACUUAAAAUAACAACAACAACAGAUGAUCUAUAGCUUCGAAAAACCUCCUUCCCAACUUUGUCCCUUUAAGUAAAUAAUUUGUAUUAAAAACAAAACAAAAAAACUGAGUAAAUAUAACUCAAACUUAGGCAGAAGACGUUACGUUAUAAAAACGAGUAUAUAGAAAAAAGAGAGAAGAGAUAGAGAGAGAGAGAGAGAAAAAAAAAAACAAAAUAUGGCCUUAUAAAUUUAGGUUAAUUACAGGCAAAAUUUGUACAUUUUCUUUAUGUCGUUCAAAAGCAUAGUGCUUAUAUAUAAUUUUCGCUAAUUACAGUACACAACAAUUGCACUAAAGAUAAACAACUGUAAUUUAAGUGUAUAAAUUUGCAUAUACAUAGAUAUGAAGUAAUGAAUUAGGUGAUGCUUAAUGAAGCAAGCAAACGAAUUGGCUGAACGGAGUGACGCAUACAGUGCAGGAGAUACGCUCAGCGCCCAUAUUUUUUUUUUUUUUUUUUUGUUUUUUUUUUUUUACCACACCGAAAUGGUUAAGAUUAGGACAAAUUUUUGAAAGUUUGCACAGCGGAGCAGCAUGAAUGUUGCAGGAAAAAUGCAAACAAAAAUAGUUGAGUGCAAACGAAAAUUUGCGUUUUUGACAUAUUUUUUUUUUCUUAUUACUUUCCUUAAUAUCUACUUGUAAGUUAAAAUUUUAAAUAAAAUUUCUUAUUUCUCUAAGAUUAUUGUAUACACGUACUGUUUGUUUGCAGCAAACACUUAUACACAACUUGCAAAUGCAAAUGCAUUCAAAUGCAGUAUUCAUGUUGCUUUGCCAUUGCCAAAUUAUACACAAAAGCACUUUAUACCCAAAAAAUAUAAAUAGUUGCGCGUGUGUAGAGCAGCGUUACAGCUGCGAGUAGAACGGUUCAAAACCAAUCUUAACGUUUAUAUGCGGCCUAGAAUUAAGUAGAAUUAUUCAUAGAAAUUUGUACAUUUGUAAGACCUUGUGUUGUGUUGUCCAUGGCGUAGGGCGUGCGGGAAAAACUGUUAUUUGGUAAAAGAAAUUCGCAUAAUAAAAUUUAAAUAAGUUUAAAUAACAGAAAUAAAUAAAAAAUUAAAUAUUAAGGUUUAAUCAUUGAAAAUCAUACACUUUAAAUAUUAAAAAAAAAAAAAAAAAACAAAGAAGAAAAUAGUUUAAGCAGAAAAAACUCUAAACGUUGAAACUAUUGAUAGCGGAGAUAAAAAAAGAUAAAAAAUAUAGAGAAAUGCAUUAUUAUAACAAAACAGCUUCUUAAUAGAAUUAUUUGCAAAGGCAUUAUUAAACAUUACAUAUUAAUAUGGACAUCCAAAAAAUAUAGCAAAUACAAAAAUAACAAAUAUAAGUUAAACAUAAAAAAAAAUACACUAACAGCCAACCAACCAACCAACAAAUCAAAUGAACAACGUAACAACCAACCCAUACAUACAUACAUGCAAUUAACGUAAUAUGUAUAAUGAAGGGAAAUCAUGAUGAUGCCAAUGCCGAUGAUGAUUGCAUCUACAUUUCUACAUUUAGAAAAUCCAACUAAAAACCGUAGUUUAUCACAACUAAUCAAUAAAUAUGUAAAUGUACGUAAAUUAAGUUAAAUUUUUAUUAUUUUGUAAUACAGCAUAAAAGUAAACAAAACUAAAAAAAAAAACUAAAACUAAAACUAAAACUAAAGAAACAAAAAACAAUACUUGCAGUUUCCGAUUAUCAAGUUCUUUUUGUAUAAUGUAGUGUAAAAAAGAAAGUUGAAUAUUAAACAAAAUAAAAACAAAAAUGGCAAUUAACAAAACAAAAAAUAUAGAAACCGAGAAAUUAAAAUAGAAAUUUAAAAUUAAACAAAAUUUUAAUGCUGGCUAAAACUUAGUUUUAACUAUUGUAUAUUACAAUGAAAUUGUGUAGUUAUUAAUAAAAUAAAUUAAAGUAAUUUAUAUGAAAAAGUAAAAAAAAAAAAAACAAAAAAAUACAAAAAAUAUACAAAGAAAACCGGAAGUAUAAAUUCAAACAAUUGAAAUAAAAUGACAACAAAUUGAAGUAGCGAGACAAAGCAGAAGCCCCAUACAACAACAAAAGCAGAACCUCCAAAAAAGCAACAACAACAACAACAACUAAAAAUAAAAAUAAAAAAAAGAGAGUGCAACACUAUUAGCCAAUUUUGGUUUGGCCUUGACUUGUUACAAUGGCGACAGAAAGAGAAAUCAAGUCUGCAGCAGGCCAAACAAAAGCCAACCGUAAAGUUGCUUCUUCUGCCACUCAGCAAAACGUUUCAAACUUAAAGAAUAGAACAAAGAACAUUUAAUAGACGAAUUUCCAGCAUAAAACCAAAAUCACAUAAGAGAACCAGUUUAAGAAACGAAAGAAGCAAAUAGGUCAGAAUAGAAUACAAGAAUGUAUUUAAAUAAAAAGCAUUAAAAAUAAAAAAAAUACAAUAUUUAUAAC